UGAAAGGCAAAGAACAAGAAAAGACCACAGAUGUGAAAGCAAUUAAAACUCCAGUACCAGUACAUUCCCCUCAAAGAAGCACUAGAAAUCAUGCCUUGCUGGAGGCUGCAGGACCAAGCCAUGUGGCAAUCAAUGCCAUCUCUGCCAACAUGGACUCUUUUUCUAGCAGUCGGACAGCUGCCCUUAAGAAGCAGCCAAGUCACAUGGAAGCUGCUCAUUUUGGAGACUUAGGCAGAUCGUGUCUGAAUUACCAGGCUCAAGAGACCAAAUCAAGCCUUUCAAAGACCCUCGAACAAGUCCUGCAGGACAGCGUAGCCCUCCCUUAUUUCAUCCAGUUCAUGGAACUACGCAGGAUGGAACACUUGGUUAAGUUUUGGCUGGAGGCUGAAAGCUUCCACUCCACGACCUGGUCCCGUAUAAGAGCACACAGCCUGAACACAGUCAAGCAGAGUUCCCUGGCAGAGCCUGUGUCUCCCUCAAAGCAGCAGGAGGUGGCCUCCUCUCCCCCCGCCGGGCUGCUCGAGGAGAGACUGGAGGGCUCUGGCACAGCCUGUCUGCUCAGGGCCCAGGGGGGGGCCUCAGACCAGGAUGGGACUGCCCACAGCCAGAACCACGUGUCCUUGGGCCAGCACAGCCACAGCACCAGUGUCCUCUCUCUGAGAAAGUCUGAGCCAGAGACCCCUUCCCUUCCAGCGGAUCAGCAAGAAUCUUCCAAGCUUACAGUAUCAAACAGAAACAGCCCUUCCUCUGCACUAAAAGACUUGUCAGGAAAACUCAUGAAAAGUAUAGAACGGGAUGCAGUUAGUACCUUUACCAAAUAUAUUUCUCCAGAUGCUGCUAAACCAAUACCUAUUACAGAAGCAAUGAGAAAUGACAUAGUUGCAAAGAUUUGUGGUGAAGAUGGACAAGUGGAUCCCAACUGCUUUGUUACAGCACAGUCAAUAGUGUUUAAUGCAAUGGAACAAGAGCACUUUAGUGAAUUUUUGCGAAGUCAUCAUUUCUGUAAAUACCAGAUUGAGGUGCUGACUAGUGGGACUGUUUAUCUGGCUGACAUACUUUUCUGUGAAUCAGCCCUCUUCUAUUUCUCUGAGUACAUGGAAAAGGAAGAUGCAGUUAACGUAUUGCAGUUCUGGUUGGCAGCAGAUAACUUCCAGUCUCAACUUGCUGCCAAAAAAGGCCAGUAUGAUGGGCAAGAAGCACAGAACGAUGCCAUGAUUUUAUAUGACAAGUACUUCUCCCUUCAGGCCACGCAUCCGCUGGGCUUCGAUGACUCGGUGAGGUUAGAGAUCGAGUCCAACAUCUGCAGGGAAGGGGGCCCUCUCCCAAACUGCUUCACCACUCCCUUGAGGCAGGCCUGGACCACCAUGGAGACGGUUUUUUUACCUGGUUUCUUGUCCAGCAACCUGUACUACAAAUACUUGAAUGAUCUCAUCCAUUCAGUCCGAGGAGAUGACUUUCCAGGAGGGAACGUUGCACUGAGUGUUCAUGGCCUGGGCAGCUCCCCCGACAGCGAUUCUGUCGGGGCCCCGGACAGCUCUGCCUCCCAGUCCAAUGUCAAAAAGGCUAAUGUUAAAAUCCUGAAAAAUUUUGAUGAAGCAAUAAUUGUAGAUGCUGCAAGUCUGGAUCCAGAAUCUUUGUAUCAACGAACAUAUGCAGGGAAGAUGACAUUUGGACGAGUCAGUGACUUGGGACAGUUUAUCAGAGAAUCUGAACCAGAGCCAGAUGUCAAAAAAUCAAAAGGGUCCAUGUUUUCACAAGCAAUGAAGAAAUGGGUUCAAGGAAACACAGAUGAGGCUCAAGAGGAGAUGGCGUGGAGGAUAGCGAAGAUGAUCGUCAACGACGUCAUGCAGCAGGCGCAGUGCGAGCAGCCCGUGGAGAGGGUCACCAAGCUAUGAUUUUAGAAACGCCAGAACAGGAAAUCUGGUUUUCUGCUUUGAGUGAACUUUCCCUUUUGGUGGAUUCUUUAACACAGCCAAUAAAAACAAAGCACUGUUACUCCAAUUGCUGAAAUCUCCCUCAUUUGUAAGGAAGAAUAAAAAAGAAGCAAUCCUGUACCUCCACUGUAGAGCGUGAAGAAGAAACACUUUCCUGCUGUAUGUGGCAGCCACAGAAACGAUGGGUUUUAAAGAGAUGAAGACGCAGUUUACCAAUGUCAGUGAGGAACUGUGAUCGACUUCACACGUACUUGACCCUGUCUCAAACAGACUUCUAAGCAAAAUAUCUGGAACAGGACACAAGCCACAACAGAGGAGAAGGUUUUGCUGUAGUUCCUAGUUGUACUGCUUGUGAUUUUUAAACACAUAAUUGGAAAGGCCGUGG